ACUAUUCUAUUUAUGAUUCUUUUAUUUCCCUUAUAAAAUUUAUUUUCUUCUACUUUCUUCUCUCCUUCCUUUUCUUCCCUCCUACCUAAACCAUUACUCCAAAUGUUUCCUUCCUCUAAUCAUCCCCGUCACUUCCCCUUCAUUAUCUUUUCUUUCCUCUACAUGUGUAGCAGAGUGACCCUUUCCAGUCCAAUUCCUCUUUCUCCUCUUUCAUCAAUGUAUCUACCAUGUACACCGGGUGGUUUGUGCUGUCGAAUUCGUCAUCCUUCCAACCAAUUUACCUUUCUGUGUUUCGAUCAUCUCGUUACACCAAACUUUCACGGCGAGUGGGUGUUCUUUUUAUCUUAUGCUGCACCUGACUCGGAUGGAUCCUUUCUUUGUGUUUCUAACAACAACAACCCCUCCCCCUCUUCAUUUCUGCUCACUGAUUAAUCUUCUAGCGCUUUACUCUUCCACUAUGUCGUUAGUUCUUUUCAGGGGGGUGCUUCGUCCGGCUGUAAGAAUCAAUAAUAAGAAAAGAAUUUUGGUAUCAGUCCGUCUCAUGCGUCCGGG